CUGUUUUUUAUACUCAUCUGUCUAAAGGCAACAACUGAACAAAUCGGUCAUGGAUCGUAAACGACAAAUUUGUAGUUUGAUUGUACUGUUUGCAGUAUCGGUACAAUCCGUAGAAAAAUAUGUUGGUGAGGUCAGCAUAGGAAAGCGACAAGAAUUCUUGGAUAGCGACGGAAAAUAUUUGGUUGAAUGGGAGGCUUACACCGAUACGCAGACAAUUGUUUUUCAAUUGACUGUAGAAACAACGGGCUAUGUGGGAUUUGGAAUAUCUCCCGUUGGCGGAAUGACUGGAGCGGACAUUAUUAUUGGAGGUGUUUACCCAAAUGCGACGCAUUACUUUUCCAAUCGUCACGGAGUUGGAAACCGUAUGCCCGAAAUAGAUGACAAUGAAACAUGGGAGUUACUAGAGGCCUCUGAAAAUGGUACACACACUUAUCUUAAAGUCGGUCGUCAGUUAGAUACUUGUGAUUUGCAAGAUGUUGCCAUCGGAAACAGUACAACUAAUUUUAUUUGGUCGAUGGGAGAUGAUGACGACAUUUCAUAUCAUGGAGUUAGACGAGGAACAUCAGCUGACAUAAUACUGGAUCCUCCGAUGCCACCUAUUGAUACGACAAAUUUUCAAUUUUGGAGAAUGUCUCACACAAUGGAAAUGCCAGCAAGGGCAACCACUUAUUGGUGUACAAUUCAAAAAAGCCCACCGUUGCCUUCAAAGCAUCAUAUUGUUGGUUACCGUCCCAUUUUAGGGACUCCGGAAGCAUUGAAGUACACACAUCAUUUCAUUGUUCACAAAUGUAGAGCGCCGGCUGGAAGCACUGACGAAGAAUAUUUCGAAAGGUACAUCGAUCAACCGGGAGAUAAUUGUUACCAAGGUACAAGAAACGUACCGACGGGUGAUUGUGAAACGUAUUUGUUUCUAUGGGCAGUGGGCGGAAAGCCUGUCGUCUUCCCAGAUCAUACUGGGUACCCGUUCGCUGUGGACGGUAAACAGAAUUACUAUAUGUUAGAAGUUCAUCUGGACAAUCCCCAAGGUCUAGCAGGCCUAACUUUUGAAACUGGUUUGGAGAUUUUCUACACUUCCCAGCUCAGAACAUACGACGCUGGCACGAUAACGGCAGGCCAUACAACGACGUUACCAAUAGUUAUUCCACCAAAGUCGGAAAGUCACAUGAUUGUGGGUCACUGUGCUCCAAAUUGUUCCGCUAAUAUACCAGAAAGUGGCAUUCAUGUGUUUAAUGUUCUACUUCAUUCGCAUUUGGCCGGACGAAAACUUCGGCUCAGACAUUUUCGCGAUGGUCAAGAAUUACCUUGGAUAGCUACAGACGACAACUAUGAUUUCAAUUUUCAACAGAAUCGUCCACUACUGGAGGAAGUUACGAUUUUGCCGGGAGAUCAACUCAUCUAUGAAUGUACUUAUAACAGCAUGGAUGCGAACGGAACAGUAGUUGGUGGAUUGUCCACGUCGGAAGAAAUGUGCAACGCCUUUAUUGUGUACUAUCCGGAAAUUGACUUAGACGUGUGCAGCAGUAUGUUUCCUCAGGAAGAAUUAAGAAAAUUGUUCGGCAUUGAGUCCUAUCGAGGCUCCUCAUGGAAUCCGACAAUCACCGCUCCCGAAAGUAUGGCGAAUAAAACAUUUACUGAAGUGCUGGAUACCAUGGUCGAUUGGUCGGAAGAAUAUCGUGCUGACUUUCAACAGAGACUUCGGUAUGAUGGUCACUUAGCUGUCUGUGGUCUGGCCGGAAAAUACUUCGCCUUGCCGGAUUCAAUCGAAUAUCCAAAUGUCACGACAGAGUAUGUACCGGUUGAUGUGUGUUCAACUCGGGAUUUGCCUGACAGUGGUAGUAGACAGGCUGUGACUCAGUCUGUAAACAUUUUUGCAAUAAUUUUAGUCGCAAUUGUUGUUUGUUGCUUACGGAAUUAAG